ACCUUGCGUUGAGGACAGUGUUUCCUGAAAGGUUUGUUGUCAUUUACAUGGAUACGGGCUGCUUCAUCCUGUGAUGCUGCGGCGCUAACGGAUGAAGAUCUUUUAGAAAAAAAAAAUCACAUUAAAGUGUGAUAAUGAUGGACGAGAGUACAGAGCUGUCUGUCUCUAUAACGCAGAUAGUUCAACGGCUCAAAGGGACUCAUUUACACUCUCAGCUGGAGAAACAGGCUAAAGAAUGUAUGCACAAACCCGAAAUUAAACUAGAAACACUGAAAGAUGAUGUGAGAAGAUUGUUAAAGGCAUCAGGUUGGGAGAGAAAAUUACAAAAUGCAGUUUACAGAGAAUUACACAUUCUGCCUCCCCCUGGGAACCCCAGAGCACCUCCUGAACACACCAAAGAGCCCCUGGCAUAUAUGCGCAAAGCCCAGUUGAGCUGGGAGAAGAGGAUCCUGAAGAGUUUGAACAGUAUGUGCACGGAGUUGGGAAUCCCACUGGCACGGAAGCGUCCCGUCCUAGAGCAGAAAGAGCUGACAAAUAAAUGGAAUGAGAUGGGAACUGAUGAACCAGACCUAAGCAAAUUCAGGCCUGUCUACGCACCCAAAGACUUCCUUGAGGUGCUGAUUGGUUUAAGAAAUCUGAAUAACAAUCGCAGUGAAGAUCUCACAGUAAGAAGCAACUGGGGUUUAAUCCAAGUUUCCCUCAACAUCCGUGACAUUCCUCAAAUGAGGGAAACGUAUCCAGAACUGGGUCUUACUUAUGGGCAGCUUGGUAUAGAUGAUCACACUCAUGUUCCCCCAGAUUUGUUUGAGAGUGAGCACAUUCUCAUUGGGAAAAAAGUGGUGAGCGAGCAAGACAGUGCAGCUGCGCAGCAGUACAGCAGGCAGGGCUGCCCCACGGGUCUCAGGGCCCAGUUAUGGACUCUCAUCCUGAACACAACUGAUGAUCCUGAGGUCAUAACACAUUAUGAACAGCUGAAGGCCAGAGUCAUACAUCAUGGCCUGCUUGUGGACAACCUAAUAUAUAAGGAUGUGAAGCUCACUGCAAGUAAUGACGAUUACUACUUUGUGUUUGAGGACUAUUUAUAUCAGGUCUUGCUGUGUUUUUCUAGAGACACUGCAGUCCUUGAGCAUUUCAACUACAACAGUGCGACGCCACCCAAAUCUCACAUCCAAAGCAAGUCUGGCUCAGAGCAGUGUGCUGUGGUUUACCCCCCAAAUGGUGUCAUCCCAUUUCAUGGCUUCUCAAUGUACGUGGCCCCUCUGUGUUUCUUAUAUAAUGAGCCAUCUAAGCUGUACAGCGUGUUUAGGGAGAUGUAUAUUCGCUAUUUCUUCAGAUUACACUCCAUCUCCUCACAUCCAUCUGGUAUAGUGUCUCUGUGCUUGCAGUUUGAGAGGUUACUGCAGACCCAUCUUCCUCAACUGUUCUACCAUCUACGAGAGAUUGGAGCACAACCGUUGCGUAUUGCCUUUAAGUGGAUAGUCCGAGCCUUCUCAGGAUACCUGUCCACUGACCAGCUCUUGUUGUUAUGGGACCGUAUCCUAGGAUAUGGUUCCUUAGAGUUAGUGGCAGUCCUGGCUGCUGCAGUCUUUGCCUUCCGAGCUGAAAACCUAAUGGAAGUGACAUCACUGGCAUCAGCUGAGGCUGUUCUUGCUGACCUCUCAACUCUGAAGGUGAUGCCCUUGCUGCAGAUCUUCCUCUUCGCCACUUCCGUCUGAGGACCCGUUUGUGUGUGUUGGUGGCUGGAUGUUCCAGUCCAUUUUGAUUUCAUGUUCACUCUUAAUGGAUAGUUCACCCACAAAUGAAAAUUUACUCAUCAUCAUUUACUCACCCUCAUGUCAUUCCAAACUUGUAAGACUUUCUGCCUUCUGCGGAACACAAAGUAAGAUAUUUUGAAGAAUGUUGGUAACCAAACCAUUUUGGUUACCAUUGACUUUCAUUGUGUGUACAAAAACACUGACAUUUCUCAAAAUAUCUUCUUUUAUGCUCCACAGAAGAAAGUCAUACAGGUCUGGAAUGACAUGAGGGUGAUAUGUCAAAAUAACAAUUUUAAUUUUUGGGUGAAGUGUUCCUUUAAGUAGCAAUAUGGCAAUAAAGCGACUUUCCUUUUCACCUGACAUAACCAAUUCCUCUAAGUUAUGAACCCUCCCGUCUAACCAUCUUGCUCCAUUCUGGUAUGUAACUACCUCUCACAAUCCACUGAAUUCCAAAAGGAUAAAUUAUAGGGCCAUCCCACUUUCAUCCUUUUUCCACAGAAAUGCAUUCGAUUACAGGAGUAUAAUGAAUUGCCAAUGCCCCAUUUUAGGUUGCAUUGCAUUCAAUGCAUAGUUUGAUCUGUAAUAGUGGCACAUGGGACAGAAUAAUGGUAUAUGAGCCAUAUGCAGUGUCUUUAUUAUCUUAAACAUUCCUUUUUGAACAUAUUCUUAUUUAUGAAUGUUAUGAAUGUGUUGAUGCCAUAUUAUCACUGCUAACCUAAAAGAAUACUAUGUAACUCCCAGUGUUGUUAUUGUUAAUUAAAACUAAAACUACAAAAAAUCAAUUUUCUUAAUCUACUGCCCUAGUGAAAAUAAAUAUACCAAAAUGUAUUUGAAAUACAUUUGUGUUAUGCUAAGUAUACUGCAAAUUCAUGUACUUAAUAUAAAUACCCUGCAAUUGUACUUUUGGUAUACUGAAUUGAUAUACAUAAAGUCUUCUAAAUUGGAACUACUUAUUUUGUACUUAAUACACUUUAGUUUUCCGGAAGUAGCACUGAGGUCCAACUAAAGAUACACUGAAGUAUAUUUGAUUGCGCUAAUAUGGAACUAUUGCAAGUAUACUUUAGGUACACUUUAAAUAUCUUGCAUUUUAAGACUGAUAUUAUACAGCGAUCAUACUAUCCUUACUAAAAGUGAUAUUAAAACACAUUUUAGGCUUAAUAUUAAGAAAUGUGCAUUGUGCAAUAAAGACGUACUUAAUUAUAAUAUUUAAGUAACUUUAAGUACCUUAAUUAUAAUAUUGGUGUGUUUUUUUUUACUAGAGUGAUUAAUCUACUGAUGACAGAAUUAAAUGAAGAUGCUGUGCUUCAUGCCACAUAGCUAAAUAUCAUGAAUGAAAAAUCAAUAUGGUCUUCCAUGAAAAUGGGGUUCAUUUUGUAGGAUAUUUUAGAUGUUAACGGUUGUAGUGUAAGUUUUAAAGAUUAGGCCUUAAGGAUCUUUGGCAUAGUGGAAGUCUUGAAAUUAUAAUAGAUCCCAUCUACUCCGGUUAAGUUGCUCUUGUUAGUCCUUGAAUUUGGAUGAGAAUUCAUCACACUAUGAACAUAAAUGUAAUUUGGAUGACAGAAGAAGCACUGAUUGAGAUGCGUGUUUUGCCUUUCAUAUUGGCAUAAUGGCUGUUUUGUGUGACUAAUAAUAUGCCCAGAACUUGUUACACUUCCUGACAUCACCAAAAAUGUUAUUGAUUUAUUUGAAAGGAAAUGCAGUUAAUUUUGAAGUCACACAUCAAAUAAAUUGUGUUCUUUUGUCAGUAUCAUCUGAACAGGGGACACUUUAGACAACUCUGCAUGUGCAAUAAUGUAACAUACAUUUAGCUUUUUUAUGCAGAUUUGCAUGUUAAAAAUUGCCUAAAAUACAUUUUAAAAUGUUAAUUCAUUAUUCAAUAAAAACUGUACAUUAUA